AUGGACGAGGAAGACGAAAUCCGCCCCCGCUUCUCGCUGCCCGCGUCGUCCAUGUAUGGUUCCAUCGAUGGGCUCCCCGCCUCCGAUCGCCCGGGCUCGUCCCGCGACCAUACCGUAUCGCCGGCUAACCCAAACAUCGCCGCCCCCAUGCUCUUUUCGCGAGAGUCGUUCCGCGACGCCUCCUUCGACGGCGGAUCCCUCUCAAUGCAGACGUCACGCGCGCCCAGCCGACAGGGCUCCAGGGGACAGUUCUCCAGGCUGCGCAUGCGCAAGGCCAGCCGCGAUACGUCGGCGGGCUUCGCCGGCGAUUACGUCAUCCAUGACUUCAUUAACGAGAAGACGCGCUCACACGUGCUCGAGCAUGAGCAGCAACGUAUGGCGCGCGGUCCGAUUGCCGAAUAUUUAUACACUGCUAAGAUUUAUUUCGUCCUCGUGUCGAUGGGCAUCGGCGCGGGACUCGUCGCCGCCAGCCUUGAUCUCUCGGUCGAGUGGCUGUCGGACAUCAAGUUUGGCUACUGUUCCGACGGAUGGUACUUGACGCGCGAAAUGUGCUGCCGCUUGGAUGAGGAGGGUCAGCGCUGCGGCUUCCGGGAAUGGUCUACCGCCCUCUCCUUCUUGCCCUUGAUAGGCUCUGCCACUUCGUUCUUGGCCUUUUUGGCCUACGCCUUACUGGCCCUCGCCUUUGGCGUCACCGCCGCCUAUCUCGUCAAGCGCUUCGCCCCGCAUGCCGCAGGGUCGGGCGUGCCGGAGAUCAAGACCGUGCUCAGUGGCGUCGUCAUCCGCGGUUACUUGAGCUCUUGGGCAUUCAUCAUCAAGGUCAUUGGCCUGGCGUUUUCCGUCGCGUCGGGCCUCAACCUCGGGAAGGAAGGCCCGUUUGUGCAUUUGGUCUCCGUCUUGGCCAACAUGGUCGCCACCUCGUUUGACGACUUUCGCGACAACUUUAACCUCAUGAUGGAGUUUGUUUGCGUGGGUACCGCUGCAGGUGUGUCAGUCGCUUUCAAUGCUCCUAUCGGUGGUGUGCUCUUCGCGUUUGAGGAGGCCGCAAGUUACUUUCCAAACCGCGUUUUGUGGCGCUCCUUCUUCGCCUCGGCAUUGGCUGAACUUACCCUCACCCUCAUGAAUCCUUUCUUCAACGGCAAGGCCGUCAUGUUUGAGGUCAACCACUCGUUGGAGUGGUUUUGGUUUGAGAUGAUUCCAUUUUUUUUCACUGGCGCUCUGGGUGGCAUUUUGGGCUCCAUUUUCAUCCAUUACAACGUUAAAUGGUCCAAGCUUCGCAUUCACGAUCCUUUUCUUAGACGGAGCCCCAUCAUUGAAGUCGCUGGUAUUGUCUUGGUCACAGUCAUGCUGCAGUACCCGAUCCCGUUUUUGCGCCUCACCAAUACGGAGAUUCUCGCCACAUUGUUCUCAGAAUGCAAUGAGAGCGGCACUCUAGGUGAGGGAGGCGAGUCGCUCAUGUGUGACUCGACUCGUAUUGACAAGCUGUUUUUCGUUUUGUUCUAUGCUGUCGGAGCCAAACUUUUAUUGACGAUUCUCACUUUUGGUGCCCGCCUGCCGGCUGGGCUAUUUAUCCCGUCGAUGACGAUAGGCGCUUGCGCUGGGAGGAUCAUUGGGACAAUCACAAAGAUGGUUGCUGCGGCGCAUCCGGAUUGGGCGAUUUUCUCUCAGUGCCGCUCCGCAUCAGUUUGCGUGCGACCAUCUAUUUAUGCGCUUGUGGGGGCUAGUUCUACUCUAGCAGGGGUGACUCAGGUGUCUGUUUCUUUGGUGGUGAUCAUGUUUGAGCUGACCGGAGGGUUAAGCCAUUUGCUGCCGACUAUGUUUGGGAUUCUUGCCGCGAAAAUGGUUUGUACAUUGAGUGGGUUGGAGGGCAUUUACGACAUGCACAUCAACAUCAAGCGAUAUCCGUUUCUCGAUUCAAAGCAUCAUGUCUCUCAUGAGGUGCCCGCACGAGUGAUUAUGCGGCCUCCACGGGUUGUGAUUCCUGAGAUGGGGGCAACAUUAGGGCACUUGCAACAGUUGCUACAUGACUAUCAAUACUACGGAUUCCCCAUAGUGCGACGGGAACAUGACAUGAUCCUAACUGGAAACAUCGUGCGGAAGGAGCUGAAAGCGGGGAUUGAAAAGGCGUUGCGGGAUCCGCGGGUAUCGUACGAAACGAUGGUGUCGUUCAAGGGGGAGUUUGACAUUACGGACAAAGAUUACAUCCAACGCAUCUCGGCAAACAACGAGAUUUUGCUCAAUUUUGCAGGCUUCCGUGAUAGAUACCUCAGCCAAGUGAGCCCGGAGACGCCGCUCUCCGACGUGUACGACUGCUUCUCCGCGCUGGGGCUGCGCAUGUGCUUUGUGACGCGCCACGGCGAGCUGCUCGGCCUCAUCUCCAAAAAGGAUGCCAUCGCGUACUGCGACGCCACGGGCGACAUCCCGCGCAAGUUUUUCCGCUAG